AUAGCCUUCCUUGCUCUGGCUUCGGCCCGUAACGCUGAUUUGGUCCCAUGCCAUCUGCCUUCGUUCCGUGCCUUCGUUCCCCUCUCGUCGUCCCGUGUCUCGAGUGCUCGGGAGCCGUGUUUUCUAGACCAUCCUCGGCCUCAAUCCCUUCAGCGUUUCCAUCGUGGGAAAUCGUUCGGCGGCAGGAAGGAAGCAAGGGACGAGAAGGCUCUUGUGGGAUGAGAAGAAGAUUUGCCGACGAAGCAAGCGAGCAGAGCGCGCUUUCGAUUGUGCUGUGGUGUUUUUGAUUUCUGCGUGGAUGUGUUCAAUUGGUAUGUCCUCCACCUCGAUACUCGUCGACGCUCGUUUCUCUUGGGGUUGAACAGAUUUAAUAGGAAGGUGCGGCGGAGGAGGAGAAUUACUUGUUCGUUCAUGUUUUUGACCGGGAAAGAGCCUCGAGCUGUGUCUGUGCGGAAUUACGACUGGCCGUAAAUUGGGGUGCGCCUCUGAGAAGAAGAAAUUGGAAGACGGACGUUUUCGACGUGACCGCAGGUGGUGGUGAGCACGAAAUUUUGACUUCCUGAGUGGAGAAUUUGGGAAUUAAUUGCACGGUGCGUGACACACCGGCGAGAGCAUACUCCGAGGGCGGUUGGGAUGAUGGCCGCGAACGAAAGGAUGAAUGAGUCGGCAGAGGCGCCGAGUCUUUCACCGGAGGAAGCAGGCGAGGACCCAGCGAUCAUGGAUCGCUACGCGGGUAGCAAUCACGGUGGAGGGGGUUAUAAUGCAGUGGGAGGAAUGGGAGCUUGGCCUGGCCCGCCCAUGGACGGGGGAAUGAGAGCACCGGCGAAUCCGUCCGUGCAUUCGAUGGCGCACGGAUCCGCCAUCACAAUGGCCGCGCUAGCUCCAGUUCCGCAAGCUCGGCCGGUUCCUCUUUUCCAGCCUCCGUAUGCUUUUGUCGUUCCGCGGAAGAGAAUUAAUUCCCUCGCAGAUAUUGAAAGGUUUCAUCAGUCGGAAGCGGGAAAGACUUUCUUAGGCUUUAUCGUAGGGCUUAGCGAUUCUGUAAAAGGCAUGAGGCUGUCUGAUUAUUGCAGGGAGUCUCCUCUGAUCAUGUCCAUAGUAGGAAUUUUGGGGAGAAUGAGUGAGUGGGUCGACGAAAUCCCCCCGAGGCAGCAACCUGCCCGAUAUGGGAAUCUUGCGUUUAGGGAUUGGCAAGCUCGUUUAGAAAAUCAGGGCCCGAAUCUGGUUAGACAGAUUUUACCAGACCACCUCACGGACGCGGUAAUAGAGUUAUUUCCAUAUUUUCAGGACAGCUUCGGUAAUGCGACUAGAAUAGAUUUUGGCACCGGCCAUGAAGUCAACUUUGCGGCGUUUUUGAUUUGCUUGGCAAGGUUAGGCUUAAUCAAGCAGGAUGACUACCAAGCGGUUGUCCUGCGUGUGUUCGUCCAAUAUCUCGAUCUUAUGAGGAAGCUGCAGACGACGUAUUGGCUGGAGCCGGCCGGUUCACAUGGCGUUUGGGGCCUGGAUGAUUAUCAUUUUCUGCCAUUCAUAUUUGGGUCAGCGCAGCUCGUCGAUCACAAGUACAUGAAGCCCAAAUCGAUACAUAAUCAAGACAUUCUCGACCACUUUUCGAAAGAGUAUCUCUACCUCGGGUGCAUCGAAUUCGUUAAGAAGGUGAAGAAGGGUCCUCUGGCCGAGCACUCUCCCAUGAUUGAUGAUAUCAGCGGGGUUCCUUCAUGGACCAAGGUAAAUGGUGGCAUGCUCAAAAUGUUCAAGGCCGAGGUCCUAGAGAAAGUGCCGAUUAUGCAACAUUUUCUUUUUGGAUCUCUUAUACCAUGGUAGAAUCGAGCAAAUGUAUACAUUAUUUUGUGUUACUUUUUUAUCCAUAUCUGUUCGCAAUGUCCAUAAAUCAAAGCGACUCAGCCUGUCUUCCUAUUGCAU